GCAUACUUUCCAUGUAUUCAGAACCUCACUCACGUGGACAAAGCCGCCGUCGCCAGUUGUGUGGUCCCAUCAACACGUACGACGCACGACGCAGCGCAACCGCCAUCGUCGCCACGGCAGGACUUCACGAGUACGGCACGGAUCGAUGGAACAGUUCUACGCAGGCAAAGGGCUGUUUGUGACGGGCGGCACAGGCUUCAUUGGCAAGACGCUGAUCGAGAAGCUGCUGCGCUCCACUCCAGACAUUGACAAGAUCUAUGUGAUGGUCCGCCCGAAGAAAGGUCGGUCCGCGCACGACCGCCUUGAAUCGGACGUCAUCUCGAGUCCAAUUUUCAACCGAUUGCGGGCGGAGCGGCCGACGGACUUUGAUACGUUCGUUCGAUCGAAACUCGUGGCGGUCGGGGGUGACAUCAAUUCGGCGAGUUUGGGAAUGUCUCGACAGGACGCGCAGAUGCUCAUCGACCGCGUCAACGUGGUUGUGCACUCUGCUGCCAGUGUCAGCUUCAACGAGCCGCUGGACGUUGCUGUCGAAGUAGGUCGUCGUUGCUCCGCAGCACGCCGUUUCACCAUCGUGCGCAGAUGAACACCCUCGGCGCCAUGUACAUGCUAAACUUUUCCAAAAAGAUUAAGUCGCUCGCGGCAUACGUGCACGUGUCGACGGCAUACGUGAACAGCAACCGCCGCAACUGCACACUCAUGGAGCAAUUGUACCCGCUCGACUUUGACGUGGAAGCCGCCAUCGAUGCCGUCACCAAGGCGUCAUCGACCGAAGAUAUUGAGAAGCUGCAUUUGAACUUGAUUGGCACUUACCCCAACACGUACACCCUGACCAAAUCGAUGGCCGAGCACAUGGUGACCAAGUACCGCGAGCAUGUGCCACUCGUGCUGCUGCGCCCCACGAUUGUCGGUGCAUCGUGGAAGGAGCCGAUUCCAGGCUGGGUAGAUCAGCUUGCCGCGGCCGGCGCCAUCUUCCUGGCGGGGGGGAUGGGACUCCUCACCAUCUUGCCUGGGGACCCUCGCAGCAUCGCAGACAUUGUCCCCGUGGACUUUGUCGUGAACGCGAUCUUGCUGAGUGCUUGCGCCAAAGCGAAAGAACCGGUGGGAUCGCCGCCCCUGAUCCUUCACUCGGGCACAUCCGAUCCACGCGAGCAACCGCUGCGGUGGCGGGUGCCCAUUGGGACUGUGUCGUCGUAUUUUCAGCAAAACCCGCCGGAGAAGGGCAUAUCGCGACCGUCCUUUACGAUGUUUCCAAGCCACCAAGUGUUUCAAAUCCACUGGUUUUUGCGCUACACGCUGCCGUCGUCGGCGUACUCGACGAUUGCAAACGCAAGUGGAAAUGCGCACCACAUGAAGCAAGCGUCGCGGCUGUGGAAGCUGACGUGGCGCGCGCGCCAACUCGUCGAGGUGUUUAAACCGUUUACGGAAAACCAGUGGGUGUUUCGGUCGGACGGGCUUCAAUUCCUUCGGUCGAUGCCGGAAUACUCGUCGACUCACUGGUACGUCGUCCUUUGCAUGCCGCUUGUCGUGGCUACAUGGCACGGGGAUGCCGUCGGGACGCAGCUGUGCGGCGGACGACAUCUCAUGCAGUCCUCGUGCGCGAUCAGGUGUUGCGACGCGAACGAUGUGAUGUGGGAACGGUACUUGCUCAACUAUUCGGUCGGGUUGAGGAAGUGGCUCCUGCAUGAAGAUGUCAUUGACGUCGACAUUGAGGGCGUGCAGCACACCGAGAUGGCGCUGAGCACCGAGCGCAUGUUGGAAUGGGACCCGGACCACCAUGCGAUUUCAUUCCCGGGGUUGCUGCCCGACAUCUCAUGGGCGUUUACGUCCAGCCGCAAGCCGGGCUACACGACAUCGGGCAUUUGGGGCCGGUUCAUGGGACUCACGGGAUGGAAGGAAGGCGUCCACCACGAAGCCACGUACGUGCCACGAGUGCCGGCGGACCCGUUGUCAGCGAUCCACGACCAUGUCCUGCACUCGACGGGGGUGCAGCAAGUUCUUGCGAAUGCCAUGCACGUGAAUCCGAACGCGGACCGCGCUGCGAUGGAGCGACAGGUGCAUGAAAUGCUCACGAGAAUGGCCGCGACGAUCAACUACAAGACGGUGCGCGUCGCGGGGUGGUUGCUGCGCAAGGUGUGGCGCCAAAUGUACGAAAAAAUCAUUGUCGACGAAGCGGGGCUGGAAACGAUCCGCAAGUUGGUCCAGGCCCGCGACGGCCCGUUGGUCUUGAUCCCGACCCACCGAUCUUACGUUGAUUUUCUCAUGAUGACGUACCUUUUCUUUGCGUACAAUAUCCCCGUGCCGCACAUUUUUGCCGGCGAGGAUUUUCUCAACAUGGGGCCGAUGACCAGAGUUCUUCGUGAGGGCGGCGCUUUCUUCGUGCGUCGGUCGUUCAAGGACGAUCCGCUGUACGCGGCCGUGUUUUCCGAAUAUACCCAGUACUUGCUGACCAAGGGGCACACGGUCGAGUUUUUCUUGGAAGGGACGCGCAGUCGCAGCGGAAAGCAACUGCCGCCUCAAUUCGGCAUGCUCUCGACCGUCGUCAAGUGCUUUGAAUCGGGCCGGGUCGACAACAUUCAUCUUGUUCCUGUCACCAUCGACUACGACAAGCCGGUCGAGCUGUCGGUGCACCAAAAGGAGCUGUUGGGCGAAGGCAAAGUCAAAGAAUCGGUCAGCGCGUUGCUCAAGUCGUACCACGUGCUGCGCCAGGACUUUGGAUCUGUGUCGGUGCGAUUUGGACCGCCGAUUCACUUGAACGAAUUUGUCGGCGCGUACAAAGCGUCGCCGCCCGUCGACUCGAAAACGCACCAGACUGUGUCGCUCGUGACCGACUUGGCGUACACGAUUACGGCAUCGAUGAUUCGCCGCGCGACAUGCACGCCGUGCCAUUUGGUGGCGACGAUCUUGCUCAUGUUUCGCAAUGGCGUGACCAAGGAGCAACUAAUUGGCCAGACCAACUGGCUGCGCAAAGAGAUUGUCGCGCGAGGCGGCCGCGUGCUGGGAUCGCAAGGGCGAACACCGGCAGCCAUGACGGAACGGGCGCUGACGUUGCUCGGUAACUUGAUCUGCUGGCGCCGAUCCAACUUGGUCGAACCAGCCAUCACAAACCGGGACCAAUACUCCAACAUGAUCGGUCUCGGCUAUUACCGCAACAAGAUUUUGCAUUGGUUUUACAAGGAAGGCGUCAUCGCUUGCACGUACCAUGCGCUACAUGCGGCAACCGCGGCGUCCAACGCAUCGUGUGGCAGUGCUUCGACGACUUGCUCCAAACAGACGCUUCUCGACAAGGCGUUGUUUCUGCAUGACAUUUUGGCCGUCGAGUUUGUGCGCAAGGACUACGGCGACAGUCGCGCCGACCUGGAACAUGCGCUGUCCAUGUUGACCCAACGCCGCGUGCUGUCCGUCGACAGUCAAACGUCGACGGUGGCGCUGACGGACGCGAGCCAGCCGACGCUGUCGCUGCUCUGUGCCGUGCUAUGGCCGUUCAUUGACAGUUAUUGGGUCGCUCUCACGAGUUUGGUCGCGAUGAAGGGCGGCGAACGCAUCUCGCCCAAGGCACUCGUCAAGCGCAUGCAAUGGCUCGCUGAAACAAUGUACCACGAUCGAAUCAUCGCGUUCUACGAGUCGUGCUCGAUGGAAACGCUGUCGAAUGCAGUGACGAUCCUCACGACGUGGGGAGUGGUCGAAGAGGGUGUCGAGACCAAGGGCCCGCUCCAGCACAAGAUGUCUGUCAUUCGCCUAACAGAUACCUAUCGAUCGGGCUCUGCGUUGGAGGACCUGGCAGCGCACUUGGCGUCGUUCCGAAAACUCCCUCUUGCUGGCCCCCAAUCGAUGGACGUAGCUGCUCUCGUCGCCGAGUUUCCGAGCCUUUCCAAGCUGUAGAUCGACCUGCCAACGUCGUCGUCGCCCCUCCAUCAAGUGAUGCAAAUCGAAAGGCCGGCGUUUUGUGUGUGCAAACAGAGCUUGCUCCAUCUGACCUGCGUUUGCCUGUGUGUCGAGUGGCUGGGCCAAGACGGAUCUGUUGGAUCGGUUGGUCCUGCACGUGUUUACAGCGUCGCACGAUGAUGACGUUGUGCAUGGUUUCGUUGGAGUGGGGAAUUGAUGGCGGCACAUCGUCGUCGUGAAGGCAAAGCGCGCCGCCAUCCCGUUCGUCCAUGAGCUGGGGUUGUCGACCGCGUCAGGCCGUUCGACCGUGACAACGCAAUUGUGUCCUGUCGUUGGUCUCGACCCACCAAAUGGAAGCUCCG